AUGAAUCAGUGUCUCCGGCUCCCUCCAUUGGUGUCGGAGCUGAGAGCCCUGCGGCAGAGGAAAGAUGAGCUCGAGGGUCAUCUGUCCUCGCUGCAGGAGUCCAGGAAACACCUCAUGCAGCAGCUCGAGGGGCUCAUGAAGAUGCUCAAGUGUCUCCGGCUCCCUCCAUUGGUGUCGGAGCUGAGAGCCCUGCGGCAGAGGAAAGAUGAGCUCGAGGGUCAUCUGUCCUCGCUGCAGGAGUCCAGGAAACACCUCAUGCAGCAGCUCGAGGGGCUCAUGAGGAUGCUCAAGGUGGGCUAUGUCUCCGGCUCCCCCCCAUUGGUGUCGGAGCUGAGAGCCCUGCGGCAGAGGAAAGAUGAGCUCGAGGGUCACCUGUCCUCGCUGCAGGAGUCCAGGGAACACCUCAUGCAGCAGCUCGAGGGGCUCAUGAGAAUGCUCAAGACGCAGCAGUCCUCGCCCCGCUCGACCCCCAACUCUUCACCCCGCUCUACCAAGAGCCCACCGCUGCCGGGCUCCCAGCCUCAGCCUACAGCACCGGAAAGGGAGACGAGCACCCGUGGGACGGUGCGCAGCGCGCCGCAAACGCCAUCUCUCGGUGAGCGAGAACGCAUUGACAUGACGCACAGCCUUGGAGGCAUGGAAAGUAUGGGAGGCGACGGCAGGAACUUUCAUCAAAACCAAAGACCAACUACCAUGGGCAUAGACAACCGAAGCCUGCGGAGCGACCUACUGUACGCGGCGGACUCAGUCACUAACGCUAUGUCGACGCUCGUUCGUGAACUCAACUCCGAGGGCUCCGAUACUGAAGAGACUAUGAAGGGGGCCGUGGGACCGAGAAAGCAGAGAGAUUUCGAAGAGGACGACGAUAGCGACGAACCGAUGCCGCGGCCGCAGCCGCCCCGUCACUACCUCCACGACAACAAUGUCCAAAGCAUGGCAGCUAGUGUAGAGACACAAUCUUAAGUUUUUUUUUGCCAGUCUAGAUCAGGACACCCCUCCACCACUCCCGGCGCGUACUGGCCACUACUUCCCAAGGACAUAGUGUAACUAAUUACAUUUAGCAUUAACGUUGACUUUUAAAACCAAACCUUGAACAGUACUCGAGCUUUUUGACUCUUAUCUGGUUUUUAUUUUGGAGAAAAAUUUCAAAAAUAUCGGUUUAUCCCUCUUGCCUGUGGCUCUUUUCGGAUCGCGAUCGAUGUAGGGUUUACGAUCCGAUUUCAGGUUUUUCGACAGUGCGUUAUUGAAAUUGGGACCGAGUUCAAAUUCGGCCUGGACACGUAAAAAAAAAAAUGUGGCUUUCCAUAGAUAAGGGUCCUUAUGCACAUGCGGCAUAAGGACCCUCUGUGGAGGAAAGCCACAUUUAAAACUACAUAGAUGUAUUUUCUAUUAAUUGAAAUAAAUUGAAACAAUUUUAUAUUGUAUUAUAUUUUUGCGCAUCCUCAUUACAGCUCUUUUAAGCCUAUUCAUUUGUACUCCAGUCUAGUUAAUAUGUGAACUUAAAAAGUAGCAAAUAAAGUACCAACACACAAACUAGAUUUUGUCAUUAAGCUCUUGGACUCACAGAUACUGUCGAAAAUGUGGUUACGAGUGGAAAAAUUACCGCUGACUUUACCUCCCAGCAUUAAGAAAAAGUUACGUAGAAUACUAAUCAUAGAAUAUACGGGACUCUCAUAUCAAUUGAUAGUCACAAAAAGCUACAAUCUGUGACAUGAAUUUCUAAUAACUAUUAUUUCUUGUAAUUUAAAACAACCAGAUUUUAACACAUUCAGCGCCAGCGCGAGCUACGCGCUACGAGCGUGGCCGAUAUCACAGGAAAACCCGUAUGUAACGAAAAACGCCUACGAACAGAGAGAGAACCAGGGCUCGGAACCGGCUUUUUUAUAAAUCUCAAUAUAGCCCAAUAUUUUUAAUAAUUUUAUGCUCUGUACGUAGGACUGGAUCGUGUAUUUAGGUAACGACAUCGUAUUAUUAGAUUGAUCCAUCAAAAACGAAAUAAUAAACCAAAUAACGAAAAAGAACAGUAAGUAAAACCGGUAUUUUUUGUAUGAAGUAAAAACCGGUUCCGAGCCUUGGAGAGAACCCGCCUAGCGGGUCGCUGGCAGUGGAUGUGUUAGACCAAUUCAGCGCCUGGUAUUUUAGAACUAUGUGUUACAGGACGGUCCUUUUAUAGUGUGUAGCUUCAAAU